GUUCGGAAAUGGAAACUUCAGAUUCUUCAACACAUUACAGACGACCCCAAAGAUAAAAUUAUCGCAAGUAAAAUUGUUCUAGGAACGUUACCAAAGGUUUCCUAGGCUCUAUUUUUAAAUGGCCAUAGUAAACAAUCAAAUCUCUUGCUCCCAGAACCUGUUGAGUCAAAAUAUCAACACCUUCCAAGAGUUCAGCAUCAAAAGGUUAAACUGCUUGAAAAUGACUAUAAACAACAAAAUGUCCUUAAGCCAGAAGACAUUCUUUGUAUGACCUUGGGUUUAGGUGUCUGCAGGAAGAUGUGCCUUGUCACUGAACCACUGAUACCAAAGCAGCAGAAUCUGUGUACAGCAAAUCACAAGUAUGACCCAAGCUUUUUUCACUCCACUGGAAACUCAUUUAGUUUUAGAUGCCUGGAUGGGUUACUCAUUGAUGGAAAUGACAAAGGAGUAUCAAAAAUUGUAUUCAGGUCUUGCAACAGGAGAGAUCAACCUGGCCCUUUAAGAAUGAGUGACAGUACACAGUUAAUAUCAGAAAUCAGUCCACUGAUUAUAGGACAGUAUGUUGGCAAUAGUUCAGAAAACAGAGCCACUAAUGUCUAUUACCAGGAAUUUGAUGCGCCUUGCAGUUUUCCCAAGAGAACUGAAGCAAAUUUCCCAAACAUUUCCUGCAGCUGCGACAAACAAAGGUCAGCCUCUUAA